AUGACUAUGCUUCUUGAUAGCGGUCCGCAGUUCGCAUCGUUAGGGAUGGGGGGUUUCGGGACACCACGGCAUCACGAAAUCGGUAACAGAGACCCGAGUCUGGGACUCAAUCCUUUCACCGAUUCCUCCCACUCCGCAGCGUUCAAAAUCAGCCCCGUAGCUCACGAUAUUGCCUCCAGUCAGACAUCAGCUUUCACCCCGCAAGCCACUGGAUAUGCAGCCGCGCUGGGGCACUCUCACGGCGGGCAGGUGGGCUCGUACAGUGGGGGAGCGUUCAAUUCAACACGGGACUUUCUCUUCCGGAACCGGAGCGUUGGAGAGCACACAGCGCCGAGCGCCCAGCAUGGGAUCUUUGCAGCUUCGGCGGGGAGCCUCCACGGGCCGCCGGGGAUCACCGAUAACCCCGGACAUCUGUUGUUUCCAGGACUUCACGACCAGGGGGUGAGCCACACUUCACCGAGUGGACAUGUAGUUAACAGCCAAAUGCAUCUUGGUUUACGCGGGGACAUUUUCGGAAGACCUGAUCCGUACCGUCCGGUCGCAAGCCCUCGGACGGACCCCUACGGGGCUCAGCUCCACAACUACAACCAUCCUAUCAAUAUGAACAUGGGGAUGAAUGUGCCGACACACCACGGUCCAGGGGCCUUCUUUAGAUACAUGAGGCAGCCGAUUAAACAAGAAUUAUCCUGCAAAUGGAUAGACGAGAACCAGAUGAACAGACCCAAAAAGACUUGUGAUAGGACUUUCAGCACCAUGCACGAGAUGGUCACUCAUGUGUCCAUGGAGCACGUCGGCGGCCCCGAGCAGAGCAACCACAUCUGCUACUGGGAGGACUGUCCGAGAGAAGGGAAAUCUUUUAAGGCCAAGUACAAACUGGUCAACCACAUCCGUGUGCAUACGGGCGAGAAACCGUUCCCAUGCCCGUUCCCCGGAUGUGGGAAAAUAUUCGCCAGAUCGGAAAAUUUAAAAAUCCACAAAAGAACACAUACAGGUGAGAAGCCGUUUAAGUGUGAAUUUGAUGGCUGUGACAGACGAUUCGCGAACAGCAGCGACAGGAAAAAGCACAUGCAUGUGCACACAUCAGACAAGCCAUACAUCUGCAAAGUGUGCGACAAGUCAUACACACACCCCAGCUCUCUCAGGAAACACAUGAAGGUACAUGAGUCUCAAGGAUCUGAAUCGUCUCCAGCAGCAAGCUCCGGAUACGAGUCAUCCACACCGCCAGUGCUGGUUUCAGCCACCACCGAGGACCCGACAAAAACACCGCCGUCAGCCGUGCAAAACACGUCUGGUCACAGCGAAGGACUGGCACCCAACUUUAAUGAAUGGUACGUUUGA